AGAAGAUGAAGGAAAGCCACAGAGGUUGUUAAACAGAAGCUUAAACCUACAGAAGGCAAAGAGGAUGUCUAGGAAGGGAUCCUGCAAGAGGUGGUAGAAACCAACUGAAGAGAGAUACAGAGAGUGGCAUCGGGAGCAUUGCACGCAGCCACUGCCCAUGGGGUCCCGCCAUGUCCCUGCACGCACAGUUCUUUUUGAGAAGGAGAAAAAUGGAGUGACCUAUCGUGUGCCGGCCCUGCUGUACCUCCCCCGCUGGCGCACCCUGUUGGCCUUUGCAGAGGAGAGGCUCAGUGCAGAUGAUGCCCAUGCUAACCUCAUCGUCCUUCGCCGUGGAAUAUUCUACCGCAACUAUGUGGAGUGGGAGGACAUGCACGCUGUGGAACAAGCUUCUUUGCCCGGCCAUCGUUCUAUGAAUCCUUGUCCAGUCUAUGAUGAUGCCACUGGGCAAUUGUUCCUCUUCUUCAUCGCAGUCUUUGGCAGGACCACAGAAUCCUAUCAGAUUAUUACUGGGCAGAAUGCGGCCAGGCUUUGCUAUGUGAGAAGUUUAGACCAGGGAAAGAGUUGGAGUGAAGUCACAGACCUAACCCACCAGGUCAUUGGGGAAUCACUGAAAGAGUGGGCCACAUUUGCCUUGGGACCAGGUCAUGGAAUUCAGCUGAGAAAUGGGCGAUUAAUUAUUCCUGCUUAUACAUAUCACAUUGAGCAGAGACAUUGCUUUGGGAGCUUCUGCCAGACCACUGCCCGCGCUUUUGCAUUCCAUAGUGAUGACCAUGGGCAAAGCUGGAAUUUCGGAGACCUCAUACCAAAUUUACACAGCGUGGAGUGCCAGAUGGUAUCAGUGGAUGAGGCUGAUGGUAACAAUAUCCUGUACUGCAAUGCCCGAAGCUCCCUUGGAUUCAGAGUACAAGCUCUGAGCACUGAUGAUGGUGUUGUAUUUGAGCCAGGUCAGCUGAUUGAGAAGUUGGUUGAGACCCCCACAGGGUGUCAUGGAAGUGUCAUUGGUUUUCCAGCUCCGCUGCACACUCUGUAUAGUCCAUGCCCUGACCAUCAUUUAACCAUGCAACUAAAGUGCCAAAAAGCCCAUAAUGAUGUAUCAGGAAAAAAUGAUCAGCAAAAGAUAAAGGAUGAAGCUAAACAUAUAAAUCAGUUCAGCAGAAAGAUGCUUCAAUGGAAAUGGAAAACAGAAGACCAUCGAGGAAUGAAGGAAACAUUCUACAAGAAUAUGCCAGAUGUCCGAAAUCCAACAUGGGUGCUCUACUCCCAUCCAACAAGUGCCAGAUCACGUGUGAACCUUGGUGUCUAUCUCACCUCAUAUCCCAGAGAUGCAGACAGCUGGACAGGUCCCUGGGUAAUCUACGAGGGUCCCAGUGCCUAUUCAGACCUUGCAUAUCUCGGGCCACCAUCGGGUGAAAAAAGUGCAAUGGGGUCCUUGCCAGUUGUUGUCUUUGCUUGUCUUUAUGAAAAUGGUUUGAGUUCCCCAUAUGAACAGAUUUCAUUCAGCAUCUUCACCCUAUAUGAAGUCAUCCAGAAUUUAACUCCCAGCUCAGAAGUUAUGCGCCAGACCAAGAUGAAGCACCGAAUAAAGAAGAACUGCACAACAUCUUAAUAUCUAUAAAGGAAGCAACAUAAUACUGUGCAAAUGAGCUACUAGAACAAUAGAACUAAGGGGAUGUUGUUUCUCAUGAUGCAGUAUCAAUCUCUACAAAAGGUUUAACAAAAGUUGUACACAACGCCAAUCAGUAUGGCUAGGGAAGGUUGCUUUUAGCAUUUAAGAAUGGGAUGGGCAGUAGAGAGGCCAGCCUCCUGAGACUGUGGGAAAUAAUGUGAAGGCCAGGUGAAGAAUGUCUGGUCACAUCUCAUAUAAUCCCAGCAAUAGAUGUGUUAUACAGUCAAGCCUAGCCUCCUUCCCCUAACACUUGUGGUUUUCUGACUUUAGACACUUCACUUGAUUAUAAAGCAUUAAAUACGUAGUGACAAAAGGCAUGGGAGAGGUUAAAAAGGAGGAACAUAAAAAGUGAAUUAGACAUUUCUUGUUUAACAACUGAUAUGUUCAUAUAUCCAUAAGGGAAAUCCAACCUGAAGCACUUCAGUAGCCCAUAACCCCACUGACAGCUCAAGGGGGAGAAAUUAUCACCAUACAGUAUAAGGUUGCUUACAUAACACACACUAGGGUUAAUUUCUCCCGGAGCCAGUUAAACUGUCUAUGCUGGGGUGUAAGACCCAGUGUGUACCCAGUUCGUAAUUGUGGGGGUUCUAUAAUAUAAAAAUUACUUUUAAUCUCAUUUAAUACUCAGGAAAAAAGCUGUUGGCAAAGCCCACAAAAGAGGGUCCCUUCCUAUGAUUACAGUUUGUACGUAACAGCGCCUAAGGUAGACAAUUACGUACAUGCCACCUUUCCAACACAUUCUGAUCCAGUAGACUGAUCACGAGAAAUUAAAACAAAAUCCCAGCAGUCAAGCUCAAAGGCUAAAAUUAUACGUCCUGCCAAAAAAGAUGGCAAUAAGAUAUCUACUUGGAUUAAUGAUUGGUGGCUUAAAAAUUGGAAUUGUAAAUGUCAUCUCUUAUGCUAGGAUGGUAGCCAACCUAUUUCUAUGCCCUCCAUUCACCUAUAACCUCCUUCCUUGGAUGUUAAUCAUUUUGCUGUCCUUACCAUAAAGAAUCAUUUCCUAUUUUGGUAGCGAAUCCUCUUUUCCUCCAGUCUCAGGAGCUUUCCUCUUGUCACCUGGGCCAUCAUCUGCACGCCACUAUGGAAUGAAGUUCAUUGGACAGAUUUUUAUAUUGAUAUAUCAUUUUGUAAUGAGCAAAUAUUAAAGUGUCAUCGCACAACUUUAUAAACUGUCGUCAUCUGGUAAUAUUAACUCCUUGAAAUCUAGAACUUUUACCUAACAACAGAAUUCCUACAAACACCUGU